AGGAAGCGUUGGAGGAGAGGCGCUGCUUGGAUCCAUGACGCAAGAAAGCGCAAGUCUGCACCUCUCAUUAAGAGACCACCACACACACAAACACACACACACACACACACAUAGCCUAACAUUUACACACACACACUCAUCAGGAGGGCACUGACUCUCUCCGGACUCGUUCUCCUCCGUGCUGAAGAGUUGGCGGUGUUGAGAAUGCUCGCCCUGAUCUCCGCUCUGCUGCUGCUGCACAGUCUCCAUGUUGCCCCGGUGACAGUCAGCACCUCCCAAUCCAAAGUAGAAGUGCAGGAGAAUUCAGACGCCGUGCUCUCUUGUCUGUUUAAGACAGAGAAAGAUCAAAAUCCUCGCAUCGAGUGGAAGAAGAAAGAUGAUGGAAUCUCCAUGGUUUACUUUGAGGGCAACUUCACAGGACCCUUUAAGGGACGUGCAAAGAUUGAAGGGGCAACAGUGACGUUGUACAAGGUCCAGCUAAAGGACGCAGGACAGUAUCGCUGUGAGGUCAGCGCCGCAGCUGACUCUAUUCAGCUGGGAGAAACCAACGUCACUCUCAAAGUACUGGUACCUCCACACAUUCCGUUUUGCGAGAUUCCCAGCUCUGCGCUGACUGGCUCACUGGUGGAGCUGCGCUGCAGUGACCAGUACAGCAUUCCUCCCGCAGUUUACACCUGGUACAAAGACAAGAAACCACUCUCCCCUCAACGUGCCAACUCCACCUACACCAUCAACAAAAACACCGGCAUUCUGACAUUUCAAACAGUCACUAGAGCUGAUGCAGGACAGUACCACUGCGAGGCCAGAAACGGGGUAGGACAGCCAAAGAGCUGUGUAGGAAAUCACAUGACCAUUGAUGACCUGAACGUUACAGCAAUAAUAGCAGGGAUAGUAGUGCUGUGCCUGGUCAUAUCAGUGUGCACUCUCGGGGCAUGGUAUGCCCACCGGCAAGGCUACUUUAGCCGACACAGAGGAAGGUCAUUCUGGAUCCCACAGUGUCAUGGAGCAGCUCACAUCAGCAGCCAGAACCUCAACAGAACAGAGGACAUCCCCCAUGCUGGUUAUGGCCCUCCUCCACAAGACACUCAGGACUUCAAGCACACUCAGUCCUUCAUGCUGUGAGGAACCAUCAGCCUCAGUCAACACAAACACAUGUUCAGCAUUAACAGAAACACUGGAACCAAAGGGCCUGUGUCAUAAACGACACCAGCUCACACUGCCGCUGUGGAUAGAGAGCAAAGUGGGACAGAAAGCAGCCUUCUUCAUCUCAUCUCACUGCUGCUGUGAGCACCCUUUCAGACAGACUUUCAGAAAAAAAGACUACUUGUGUGGCAAUGCUAUGUGGGGCUCAAUCGUUGAAAAUGUAUUUUACUACUGCCCCCUUGUGGUGUCCAAUGGCUAUGAACGUUGCAGUGCGUGUUUCCAUUGUCCACCUACGCCCUCUGGUGGUACUUUGUAUGCACACAAAGAUGAUGGUUCACUCAAUCAAAUUUACACAGUUGUCCCCUUAACUCAAAUGUAAUCAGUCAGCCAAGACAUGAUUGGUGCCUGAAAUUUGCUUCUUAAUUUUGCACUGGAGCAAACUUUAGACAGCUGAUCAUCUGUGUUAUAGUACAGAGACUUUAAAUUACAUUUGUUCAUUAAUUUUUUUCUGGGGUAAACCUGGGUAAGCUUCCCAAAACCGUGAUAGCAUGAAGUUCAUCUUGAAGGAAAAUUCCACCAGUUGUUCUUACAUUUACAUUUCUGCGUGACUGAGCUGUUAAACAGACAUUGAGAGUGGAUCGAUAUGAAAACCUCUAUUGUGGAGAAACUUGCUGAGUCACAAUUGUUCACAGUGCUGGUGAUAGGAACCAUGUCUCAAGAGAUGAAUGCCUCCAUUACAUGAAAGGGUUAUAAAUACGCUGCCCGAUGCCUGAGACAUUAUUUUACACAAUAGUUCUGCGAAAAGCGGCCUAAAAACUGAUUUUUAAAAUACAUUUAUGGCAAGCAGAAGUAUGCAGGAUGUUAAAGGGCAAAAUAUUUGCUCAAAUAAAACUUUUUUUCUUUUUCACUAUUUCACCACUGUCAACAUUACAUGUAAAAAAUGUAGAAGCCACAUACAGGUUUAGUCACUGUUUUGGAUAAUAAAUACAAUGCCUAUAUUAGCGUUGUAGACAUUGUGACCCCUGGUUCCUAUCAGCACCACUGUAAAGAAAUCAGAGUCAGUUUCUCACAACGAACCACUUUAUAUGAAAUCUUAAUGAAGGAAACAUGUGGCAAAGUAAAUAUGACUUCCCUGCCGAGGAAGAACCCCUGCACGGACCAGCAUCAAUUCCAUGCUGGUUUAGCUGGUCACCCGGUCACCCAGCAUGCUCAUGCUGAUUGACCAGCACACCAGUAUCCAAAACACAACAUACGCUGGUUCUUCUAGCAGGGUUAGAAGCCACUGGCUAACAGCCAAGAUGAUCUUAAUACUACAACGCUUUUGGUAAACUUGGUAAACCAGAUGCCAAUUCACAUGCUACCUGUAUUCCCUUGUGCCUUAUCAGGGAACUACACUAGGAUGCUACUUUCACUGGUUAGCAAGUUAACUGGAUCAGCAUGUAUGCUGCCUGUAAAAAGUCUGAGAACACUUAUUUUGGCAUAUUUACGUUGUUAACAAUAAUGAUGCUUUCAGUAGAAAGCUGUUUAGGUCUUGGUGUUGUUCUUUGAAAAAUGUCAAAACUUUAGGAACAAUUGGCAAAAAUACAAAUCUCACACAUUUUUCCCUUUGUUUGUCAGCACUGACACCUUUCAGCUGUUUAAACCACAUCUGGGCCAAAAGAUUUUCAAUAUGUGCUUUGGAAAAUAAAGCUGUCAAAUCAUUUAGAUAGAACUGGCUCUUUAUACCAAAGAAGAUCCUUUGAUAAACAUGAGCACUACUCUGAAAAUAUCAACAGAAGGCAGUGUGUCCUCAAAAUUGACAGGCAGCAUAUGCUCAGAGUAAUAACUUCGUGCUAGACUGAGGCUAGUCAGCUCACUAACCCAAGAAUCUAGCGUUGUUGUGUACCACCCAGGAGUGAAAUGAUGUAGUAUUAUUAGAUGAUAUUUGUACAAAGACAUUAUUUGAACCUGUGCCUUUCUUCUUAGCUGUACAGUACUUUUUCCAAAUUGAGUGCAUGGAUGUGAAACAGUGAAUGAAUGAUUUACUGUAUGUUUUAUCAGUGUGUUUUUUUUUACAUUAAAGUGUGAAUUAAUUGCA